AUGUCUCUCCAGGUCGACGAUGGUGGCCGUCGCGGGCGCUCCCGCUCCCCAUCCGGCCGGGAGCGCGAGCGCAGUCGCAGCCGCAACCCUCCCAAUGUUGUGGAUGCGACACCGUACCCGGAAGAGGACGCAAUGGCUCCCGGGCCCCGCGCGUAUGACUACGAGCCUCGCGAGGAUCGAUACAGCUCCUACGACCAACCUCCCCGUUCACCGGUUGAUGACUCUUCCUACCGCCGAUCGCGUGAAACGGUCGAUGUCAAGUACAGCGACGGCCGGCGAGACAAGGAAUAUCGGUACGAGAGGGCGAGUGAUAGCCCGCGCGACAAGGUGCUAGACCAAGACAGACUCUCUUUCCUGCCACAGAAGUAUGCGAAGAAGACUGAUCCGGCGCGCGACUCGGACCGAGAGCGCGAUCGUCCCCGGGACAAAGAGCGGAGCCGGAAGGAGAGAUAUGAGGAAGACCUUGCCUAUGGAAGUGGUCCUCCGCCAUCGAACAAGUCCUCGCGACCAGAGUCUCCUCCAUCGAGAUACUCGAGACCUGAAGAAGCCCCAUCCAGCAAAUACUCGAGACCCGAGGAACCGUCUUCAAGUUACUCUUACGCGCAACCCAAGCCAUGGGAGUAUGCCAAGACUGAGGAACAUGCAAGCUACCGCCCAUCCCGGGACAGCCUCGGCGUAGAGCCUCGGUCUUCUGGUCGAGGGCGCUCGCCUAGCCCUGGUCCGGGCGCUAGGGAGAAGCAGUAUCGCAACUCGUACGCUGGCGAUGGCCGGGAGAGCUCCGCUAGCCUGGUAACCGUCGAGCCUGGCGCGAGCAGCCGACGCCGUGACAAGUCUCCUCAACCGCCAAUGGGUCGCGACAGGUCUCCUCAACCGCCGAUGGCCCGCGACAGAUCCCCUCAGCCGCCAGUGGCCCGCAUGUCGUCGCUGUCAGUUAACACUGGACAAGGCCACGGACGGACCCUCUCGCUCUCAGCCGCGCCAGCCUCGCCUUUGCUCGAAUCGUACCAUGGCACCUAUCAGUCCAUGUCACCCAUGCCAUCACCCAUGCUUCUCCCGUCGCAGGCUGGCGGCGGUCCUGGAGACAGUCAUAUUCUGGAUGUAUCUCCUGUAGGUUCCGAAGAUGAGCGAUCCGGCGGGAAGAAACAGCGACGACGGGCACGAUUCACCGACCCCGAGGACGACGCCUCUCGCCUGGCCAAAGCGCUCAAGGGCCAUGACCGCCCCGAUACUCAGCCACUCAUCGAGAUCCUGCCUGGACUCACCCACGAGCAAGUCAUGGAGCUGAGGACCGAAUACAAACGUCUGGUCAAGACUGGACCAGACCGCAAGGGCGUGAACAUUGCCAAGCACAUCCGAGCACGGCUCAAGGAUGAGGACCCGAACCUAAUGAAGGCAUGCUAUGCCACAGCUCUGGGCAAGUGGGAGAGUGAGGCGUACUGGGCCAAUUUCUGGUACCAGGGAGACAAAACUCGGCGUGAGCUACUCAUCGAGUCACUCAUGGGACGCAGUAACGAUGAGAUCCGUAUGAUCAAAGAUGGGUUCAGCGACAAGAAGUACGACAACAGUCUGACCAAGUGUAUGAAGACGGAGCUGAAAGAAGACAAGUUCAAGCGAGCGGUACUGCUUGUCCUUGAUGAGCAGCGCAUGGAGGAUAUGGACCGAUAUGGCCGUCCGCUACCACUAGACGGUCGGUUGAUCGAAGACGACGUUCGCACGUUGCGAAAAGCCGUCAAGGCGGAGAAAGGCGGCGAGUCUGCCAUGAUUAACAUUGUUGUGCAACGGAGUGACAGCCACCUCCGCGAGGUGCUCAAGCUGUACAAUGCCGAUUACGGUUCCAACUUUGCCAGAGAUGCCCUCAAGAAAAGCGGCAACCUUGUUGGCGAGCUGCUGGCGCACAUUCUCAACGGCGUCAUCAACAAGCCAGUGCGAGAUGCGCUGUUGCUGCAUCAUGCUGUGACGGCCUCCAAGCGAGACGAGCUCCGCCGAGAGCUCCUCAUCUCGCGGCUCAUUCGCUUCCAUUGGGAUGGCCACCACAUGGCUGCUAUCAAGGCCGCGUACCGCGAGCGGUACGGCAAAGACCUGCAAGAGGCAGUCCGGGAUGCAACCAGUGGUUCGGGCUGGGGCGAGUUCUGUAGGGAGUUGUGCAUCACGCGUAUGCCCGAUGACGUGCGGAGGGUCGAGAGAAUCUCUUCCUCAAGGCGUUGA